GCGCGCUCGCGAGCUCAGUCUCAAAAUCGCCGCCGAGCGGCGCCGACGUUUUAUAAUAAGUCUUUCCUCGAGUUCACGUUCGGUCACGAAACUCGUUUUCGCCUCGGCGAUCGAACAGUAUAUACGCUAUUUCUGACACAAGUUCCUCCGCACACGUGUAAAACACACCGAGUGAGUGAGCGAGUUGCUAUAGCCGCUCAUUAUUAUGUGAUAGAGAAGAUUGCAUUUUAUUAUUUGAAGAGUGAGUGUUCCCUUAAUACGAUCCGACGUCAAUUUUCAUGACGGAAAACGCUAACCUUGACUUAGAAUCCGAGUCUCUCGCUUCGUCUGGGAUAUAGUUGAAGAUAACAAUUUAUCGCUCGCGAGCAUAGCGCAACGUCUAGUCGCAGCACGUGCUGAGAGAUCGCUACUUGCCUCAUAUUCUCGGCUCUCCGAUGAAUUUCGCGAUAGUGCCAUCGACUUGGAAAAAUAUUGUUAUCUCGAGUAGAGUAGCUCGAGGACUUAUUCAUCGUUCGCUCUGGUUACCCUAGCCUCUCAGCGCUAUGGCGACCAGAAUCAAACAAAUCCUGGCCAAGCCGGAGACCAGGGAGUACUUCAUGAGCACGCACUUCUGGGGGCCGUUUUGCAACUGGAUGAUACCGAUUGCAGCAAUAUCUGAUAUACAGAAAGAUCCGAAAUUUAUCAGUGGAAAGAUGACCUUGGCUCUGACAUGCUAUUCGCUGGUAUUUUUGAGAUUCUCGGUAAAAGUCGUGCCCAGAAAUAUGCUGCUCUUCGCCUGCCACUGCGUCAACCUGAGCGCGCAGCUGACCCAGGGCUACAGAUUUCUCAGAUACCAGAGCUCUUUGAAGAAUACUCGGGCGAUCCAAGCUGCCUGAUCUUCGUUUUUAUAUUAUCCACUUAGAUAAAAAUUGUUUGUAAAUUAAUAUUGUUCUGUACAUAAGGUGCGUGAUGUAUAUGUAUAUAUAAGCGUUUUUUAUUCAUCAAACGAGAGAUGGCUGAAUAGAAAGCUAAUUUUCUAAAAAAAUGAAA